UACCACUAUGACCACGACAACCCCCCCCCGCCCCAGCACACCCCCCUGCGCAAGCACAAGAAGAAGGGGCGCCAGGCCCGCGCCGCCAACAAGCAGUCGCCCAGCCCCUCCGAGACCUCCCAGUCGCCGGGCCGCGAGGUGAUGACCUACGCCCAGGCCCAACGCAUGGUGGAGGUGGACCUGCACGGCCGCGUCCAUCGCAUCAGCAUCUUCGAUAACCUCGACGUGGUGUCCGAGGACGAGGAGGUUCCCGAGGAGGUGCCCGAGAACGGGAGCAAUAAGGAGAACACGGAGACCCAGAGCGUCCCGCCCAAAUCCGGCAAGCACAAGAACAAGGAAAAGCGCAAGGACUCCAACCACCAUCACCACAACGCCUCGGCCGGCACCACCCCCAAGCUCCCUGAGGUGGUGUACCGGGAGCUGGAGCAGGACACCCCCGAUGCCCCACCUCGUCCCACCUCUUACUACAGGUACAUCGAGAAGUCGGCAGAGGAGCUGGAUGAGGAGGUGGAGUACGACAUGGACGAGGAAGAUUACAUCUGGCUGGACAUCAUGAACGAGCGGCGGAAGACCGAAGGCGUGAGUCCCAUUCCCCAGGAGAUCUUCGAGUACCUGAUGGACCGGCUGGAGAAGGAGUCCUACUUCGAGAGCCACAACAAGGGGGAUCCAAAUGCCUUGGUGGAUGAGGAUGCCGUCUGUUGCAUCUGCAAUGACGGGGAGUGUCAGAACAGCAACGUCAUCCUCUUCUGCGACAUGUGCAACCUGGCUGUGCAUCAGGAGUGCUACGGGGUGCCCUACAUCCCGGAGGGACAGUGGCUCUGCAGACGGUGCCUGCAGUCACCCUCGCGAGCCGUGGACUGCGCCCUCUGCCCGAACAAGGGGGGGGCCUUCAAGCAGACAGACGACGGGCGCUGGGCACACGUGGUCUGUGCCCUCUGGAUCCCGGAGGUGUGCUUUGCCAACACCGUCUUCCUGGAGCCCAUCGACAGCAUCGAGCACAUCCCGCCCGCGCGCUGGAAGCUGACUUGUUACAUUUGCAAGCAGCGUGGCUCCGGGGCUUGCAUCCAGUGUCACAAAGCCAACUGCUACACUGCCUUCCACGUCACCUGUGCCCAGCAGGCCGGGCUGUACAUGAAGAUGGAGCCCGUCCGGGAGACGGGGGCCAAUGGUACCUCCUUCAGCGUGCGCAAAACCGCCUACUGCGACAUCCACACACCGCCGGGCUCCGUGCGCAGGCUUCCCGCCCUCUCCCACAGCGAGGGGGAAGAGGAGGACGAGGAGGAGGAGGAGGAGGAGGAGGAGGAGGAGGAGGAGGAGGAGGAGGAGGAGGAGGAGGAGGAGGAGGAGGAGGAGGAGGAGGAGGAGGAGGAGGAGGAGGAGGAGGGCAAGGGCUGGAGCUCCGAGAAAGUGAAAAAAGCUAAGGCCAAGUCUAGAAUCAAGAUGAAGAAGGCACGGAAGAUCCUGGCGGAGAAACGAGCCGCAGCGCCCGUGGUUUCUGUGCCCUGCAUCCCCCCGCACAGGCUCAGUAAGAUUACAAACCGUUUAACCAUCCAGAGGAAGAGCCAGUUCAUGCAGAGGCUGCACAGCUACUGGACUCUGAAGAGACAGUCCCGCAACGGUGUCCCUCUGCUCCGCCGCCUUCAGACACACCUGCAGUCACAAAGAAACUGUGACCAGAGAGACACUGAGGAUAAGAACUGGGCCCUGAAGGAGCAGCUGAAGUCAUGGCAGCGCCUCCGCCAUGACCUAGAGCGUGCACGCUUGCUGGUGGAGCUGAUACGCAAGCGGGAGAAGCUCAAGAGAGAGACGAUCAAAGUGCAGCAGGUGGCACUGGAAAUGCAGCUGACCCCCUUCCUCAUCCUCCUCCGCAAGACGCUUGAACAGCUGCAGGAGAAAGACACGGGCAACAUCUUCAGCGAGCCGGUCCCUCUGUCUGAGGUCCCAGACUACCUGGAUCACAUCAAGAAGCCGAUGGAUUUUCAGACAAUGAAACAAAACCUGGAAGCCUAUCGCUAUCUGAAUUUUGAUGACUUUGAGGAGGAUUUCAACCUGAUUAUCAACAACUGUUUGAAAUACAAUGCCAAAGACACAAUCUUCUACCGGGCAGCCAUCCGUCUGCGGGAGCAGGGAGGCGCCGUUCUCCGGCAGGCUCGCCGGCAGGCAGAGAAGAUGGGCAUUGACUUUGAGACAGGCAUGCACUUCCCUCACUGUGUAACGGUGGAAGAGGCUCAGGUCCAAGACAUCGAGGACGAAGAUGUGCGGCUGCUGCUCUCAGAGAAUCAGAAGCACCUGCCCUUGGAGGAGCAGCUGAAGAUCCUGCUGGAGCGGCUGGAUGAGGUCAAUGCUGGCAAGCAGAGCAUAGGACGGUCCCGCCGGGCCAAGAUGAUCAAGAAGGAGAUCACAGUCCUACGGCGGAAACUCGCUCACCCACGGGACCUGGGCCGAGACGGGCUGGAGCGGCACGGCUCCUCUGCCAGGGGAGUCCUGCAGUCACACAACCCCUGCGAGAAGGACCUGCAGACAGACAGUGCUGCAGAAGAGAGCAGCAGCCAGGAGACUGGCAAAGGUCUGGGUCCCAAUUCUUCUUCCACCCCAGCACAUGAAGUUGGCAGGAGGACCUCAGUGCUCUUCUCCAAGAAGAACCCUAAAACUGCAGGCCCUCCAAAACGUCCAGGACGCCCCCCAAAGAAUCGAGACAGCCAGAUCGCUCCCGGGCACGGGAACAGCCCCAUCGGGCCCCCCCAGCUCCCAAUAAUGGGGUCCUCCCAGCGGCAGAGGAAGCGAGGGCGAAGCCCGCGCCCCAGCUCCAGCUCGGACAGUGACAGCGAUAAGUCCACCGAAGACGCUCCCAUGGACCUGCCAGCCAACGGUUUCAGCAGCGGGAACCAGCCAGUGAAGAAGAGCUUCCUGGUGUACCGCAACGACUGCAAUCUUCCCCGGAGCAGCUCCGACUCGGAGUCCAGCAGCAGCAGCAGCAGCAGCGCCGCCUCGGACCGUACCAGCACAACGCCCUCCAAGCAGGGCAGGGGGAAGCCCUCCUUCUCCAGAGUGAACUUCCCGGAGGACAGCAGCGAGGACACGUCAGGGACGGAGAACGAGUCCUACUCCGUGGGCACGGGGCGAGGCGUGGGGCACGGCAUGGUGCGCAAGGGCAUGGGGCGUGGCGCGGGGUGGCUGUCCGAGGACGAGGAUUCCUCCCUGGAUGCCCUGGACCUGGUGUGGGCCAAGUGCCGGGGUUACCCCUCCUACCCGGCGCUGAUCAUCGACCCCAAGAUGCCGCGGGAAGGCAUGUUCCACCACGGCGUCCCCAUCCCCGUGCCCCCCUUGGAGGUGCUGAAGCUGGGGGAGCAGAUGAGGGAGCAGAUGACUCAGGAAGCACGCGAGCACCUCUACCUUGUCCUCUUCUUCGACAACAAGCGCACUUGGUAA